AGAGCCGCCAACCAAUAUUGUCACCACCAAUGAACURAACAAAACUAAUACCAAUAAUAAUAUUAAUACAAAUACAAGUAGUUUUAUGAAAAUAAUCGGUAAAUUGAUCCGAACUAAAGAGCCGGACCUAUUAGGAGGCGAAGAUCAAACUGUACCACAAAAACUAGAUAGAUGCCUAAAAACCAGAGAUCUCGUAUCAUUGGGAGUGGGCAGCUGUGUGGGCACCGGCAUGUAUCUGGUUGCCGGUAUGGUUGCCCAUAACGUUGCCGGACCUGCCGUCAUAUUUUCGUUUACCAUUGCCGCCAUUGCCAGCCUAUUUUCAGGCGUUUGUUAUGCAGAGUUUGGCGUACGGGUGCCUCACACUACAGGAUCAGCUUAUAUGUACAGUUAUGUGACAGUUGGCGAGUUCAUAGCAUUUGUAAUCGGGUGGAACAUGGUAUUGGAGUAUCUGAUAGGAACGGCUGCCGGUUCGGCGGCCAUAUCGGCCUGUAUUGACGCCCUGUACGGCGGAUCCAUACGUCGAUCGAUGAAAUCGACGUUCGGUACGUUUGUCGGCCAUGUACCCGAUUUGUUGGCCGCCGUCAUAACGGCACUGAUGACCAUACUGUUGGCUACGGGUGUGAAAAAAUCCCUGCUGUUCAACAAUGUCCUCAAUCUGGUCAAUCUGGCCGUCUGGUUGAUUAUUGUUUGUGCGUCAAUGUUUUACAUUGAUUUCGAUAACUGGUCAGAACAUGGCGGUUUUCUACCGUACGGUUGGUCGGGUAUGCUAAACGGUGCGGCCACCUGUUUCUAUGCGUUCAUUGGUUUCGAUAUUAUAGCCACAACAGGUGAAGAAGCGGAAAACCCUCAGCGCUCGAUACCUACUGCCAUAAUAACGAGUCUGGUUAUAGCAUUGACAGCUUAUGUAUCAUCCGGUCUAAUCAUUACACUUGUGGUCCCCUAUGACCAGAUAGACCCGAACUCGGCAAUGGUCGAAAUGUUUGCCAGUCACGGGGCCAACAAAUUGAAGACCAUUGUGGCCGUCGGCGCACUGGCAGGACUGUUAGUAUCGAUGUUGGGAUCUAUGUUCCCGAUGCCCCGUGUUGUCUAUGCCAUGGCCAAGGAUGGCCUAGUAUUUCGUGAAUUAUCGCAAAUAUCUAGUUUAACUAAUACCCCACUAAAAGCUACGCUAAUAAUGGGCGCCUUUACGGCAUUUAUAUCAUUGAUUAUGUCGCUGGAAGUGCUCGUAGAGAUGAUGUCCAUCGGCACACUUAUGGCAUAUACACUGGUAUCGACAUGUGUCCUAUUGUUGCGCUAUCAGCCGUCGCGAACCAAUUUAGUAGAUCUGUUACCCCAAUCGAUACGGUCGGCCUGUCCGACACCGAUCAAAGAGGUCGCACCMAAUCCAAUGAUGUCUACUGAGGCCAAGUUUACGCCGUUUAUGGGUAGCGCUACCGCCGGUGGUGGUGGUGGUGKUGGCAUCGGUAGUACACAUCAGCAACGAAUACACACCCGACGAACSAACCGAUGGGAUUCRUCCGAAAGCGACGAAACUGAUCCCAAUUGUUAUCGUCAGGAGAGCAAAGACGACGAGUUUCUGGUACCUGGAAAUGCUGGCUUUCAUUACGGAUCGGUUCCCUAUCAGCACGGAGGCAGCAGUGGCCGCCGAUACGCGCUUCCGGCCGGCAUUCUAGACAAAUAUGAGAAGCUCUGUCUCUAUUUGUUUCCCUAUGGCUGGAAAGUUCACGGACCGGCAACGGAUGAGUCGGGUAUAUUAGUUGUCAAACUGGUCGGUCUACUAUAUACAAUGGUCAUCAUAUUUGACAUAAUAGUAGCCUAUUAUAUACAUUGUCUCAAUUGGGACAAUCGUAUCAUUUUAUUAUUAUUUGGUCUACUAUUUGUGGCCAUUGUUGGCUGUAUUCUAGCCAUUUCCCGACAGCCGCAGAUCAGGUGUGACCUGAAAUUUAAAGCACCGGGAGUGCCGUUCGUGCCUGCGAUUGCCAUAAUCAUCAACAUAUAUCUCAUAUUAAGAUUGUCUAUCUUAACGCUGGUCCGGUUCACUGUCUGGAUGAUUGCCGGACUGGCGAUGUAUUUCUGUUACGGAAUCAAAAACUCGUCACUUGAGACACAGUCUUCAUCGUCGGAAACAGUGGCCAACAAUAAUAAUAAUAAUAGCGGCGCCCAACCCAUGGAGCUGACCAUUCCGGCCAAUCGGUUGCCGUCGGGCMGCCGCCGCUGCCGCCGCACAGCCGCGAGGGACACGAAACGAUGCAAUUAG